UUUGGAAAGGGAAGCAGGGUAUUUAAUGGGAAAAAAAUUGUGAUGGAAGGAAAGGAUGCGGAGGCUGCACACAGCCUGGGUUUGCAGGCGUCUGGAAGUUGUUGAAAUAGGUAAAGGGUCGAAACUGGCAUUUGAGAAAUGGUGACUUGUUUCAUUAGUUGCUUGUAUCACGGACGAAUAUAAGGGAAAACUGGGCCACCAAGAAUUUUUCCUGGCUUGCACUUUUCUGUCAGCAGAAGCGUAUGAACAAAGUGAGCAGCUGCACCUUCACCAAAGCAACCACCUGCGUUCCUCCUCUCCUCUGGAAUGGACAAUGGGAGUGUCUCUGGUUUUAUCAUGAUCAAAAACUUCUUCCUCUUCUGCAUUUCCAUGAGUUUAGCCAGCCACUUCGGCUUCUCACAAACACCAACAGCAUCGGGAAAAGAGGACGCCAAUGAUAACAUCACCAUAUUCACCAGGAUCUUGGAUGGUCUGCUGGACGGCUAUGACAACCGUCUGCGCCCGGGACUGGGAGAGAGAAUAACUCAGGUGAAAACAGACAUCUAUGUUACCAGUUUUGGUCCUGUGUCAGACACCGAAAUGGAAUACACCAUUGAUGUUUUCUUCCGACAAAGCUGGAAAGAUGAAAGGCUGCGAUUCAAAGGACCUAUGCAACGCCUCCCUCUCAACAACCUGCUUGCCAGCAAGAUUUGGACCCCAGACACUUUUUUCCACAAUGGCAAGAAGUCUAUUGCUCACAACAUGACAACCCCAAACAAACUUCUGCGCCUGGAGGAUGAUGGCACUCUGCUCUACACUAUGAGGUUGACCAUCUCUGCUGAAUGUCCCAUGCAGCUUGAAGAUUUCCCCAUGGAUGCACAUGCUUGCCCAUUAAAAUUUGGAAGCUAUGCUUACCCUAAUUCUGAGGUGAUCUAUGUGUGGACUAAUAGCACCACAACAUCUGUGGUGGUGGCCGAAGAUGGCUCACGACUUAACCAGUACCACCUGAUGGGACAAACUGUAGGAACUGAAAACAUCAGUACCAGUACAGGCGAAUAUACUAUUAUGACAGCCCAUUUUCAUCUGAAAAGAAAGAUUGGUUAUUUUGUUAUCCAGACGUACCUUCCUUGCAUUAUGACUGUGAUCUUAUCACAAGUAUCAUUUUGGUUAAACAGAGAAUCUGUCCCUGCUAGGACUGUCUUUGGAGUAACAACAGUCCUCACCAUGACCACCUUAAGUAUCAGUGCCCGUAACUCAUUGCCAAAAGUGGCCUACGCUACUGCAAUGGACUGGUUUAUAGCUGUCUGCUAUGCCUUUGUAUUUUCUGCAUUGAUUGAAUUUGCAACAGUCAACUAUUUCACCAAGAGGAGUUGGGCAUGGGAUGGCAAAAAAGCCCUGGAAGCUGCUAAAAUCAAGAAAAGGUUGGGAAGUAAAUCAACCAAUACUUACACCACUGGGAAGCUGACCCCUGCACCAAACAUGCCAAAGGACUCAGCCCCAUCUGUCAUCUCAAACACUGUAUCUGCUUCAGUGAAGUCCUCAGAAGAAAAACCUGCUGAAAGCAAAAAGACUUACAACAGCAUCAGUAAGAUUGACAAAAUGUCACGGAUAAUUUUUCCAGUGCUGUUUGGAACUUUUAACUUGGUUUACUGGGCCACAUAUUUGAAUAGGGAGCCUGUUAUUAAAGGUGCCAAUUCUCCAAAAUAAACUGAAGGACUCUAAAGCCACAUGUGAGCCAUACUUACAAAGCAGAUGCUACCAAGGAAAAUUUGAGAUCCAGACAACUUUCUACAUUUGGGCAAUAUACUUCAGGAAGUUUUUUGCAUGUUUAAUAAUAUGUACAAAUAAUAUUGCCUUGAUUGUUUCUACAUGUAACCUCAGAUGUUUCGGAGAUGGUUAUAUUACUUACAGCAACAGAUCUUUAUAAAAGAUCAGAAGACAUUGAACAUGGCUUCUUUGCUGCUGAGUAUCUUGCAUUGAUAGUUUACAAAUAAAUAAGUUAUAUUUUUUAACUGUUCAAGUGUACUACAUAUCGUGGUUUUUAUACUUCAGAUGUACAGUCAUACAAAUAUAGGCUUAACCUAUAUUUUACAGAAGAGCUCCACUAUUGUCAUCUGAUAAGUUACUGAGUAACGCCAGUUGUAAAUGUGUCAAAUUAUUAAAUGUAGGGCUAUGUCUGAGCACCUUUACUGGUGAUAGGUAGUGCAUUACUCCACAGAUAAAACUGCUCAGCCCAAUUUUCAUUGGAAGUUAACACACUGCAGUAAAUCCUGAUGGGGCUAUGCUGAUUUUCACUGCUUGAUCCUCCAGCUUGCAGUGAAGUAACAUGGGGAGCAGGAUGCUACUUGUGUAAAUAAAGGUGGUGGAAUCUUGCCUUUAAAAGAAAAUAUGAGGUUUGUUUGGAUUUUGCAUUCCAAGGA